UAAUUAAAAAUGGAUUUCAGUAAAAAAUAUGAUAAUCCAAAUCCAGUUGAAAAAGCGAAUAUACUGUCAAAAAUAUUUUUCUUGUGGCAGAUACCAUUAUUUCGGAAAGGAUUGAAAAAAGAUUUGGAUGUUGAAGAUAUAUACAAUGCAAAGAAAGCAGAUUUAUCAGAGCCCUUGGGGGAUACGUUAGAAAGAAAUUGGAACAAUGAAUUAAAAAAAGCAAAAUUACAAAAUAGAAAACCAAAAUUUAUGAAAGCAAUAACUGCUACAUUUUGGAAAUCAUUCUCAUUAUGGGGUGUUGCAUUAUUUAUACAAGCUAAUAUAUUAAAAAUAUUAGUACCAAUUUAUUUGGCUGACUUGUUACGAUAUUUUAACGAAACAAAUAGAGACAAGGAUGAAGCGUAUUUGAUUGCAACAAAAUUACUUUUAGCUCAAUUUGUAAAUGCUUUAUUUAGUGCUUAUUUCAAUCAAGAAAUGGCUUUAAUGGGCAUGCAAAUUCGAGUAGCAUGUUGUUCACUUAUGUAUCGUAAGAUGUUACGAUUGAGCCAUACCAGUCUUGGACUAACGUCUAUUGGGAACAUUAUAAACUUAAUGUCAAACGAUGUAAGUCGUUUUGAUCAAGCGCUUUCAUACUUGCAUUAUAUUUGGAUAAUGCCAAUUCAAACUGCGAUAUUUUCAUAUUUUAUGUAUAAAGCGUGUGGCGUAGCUGCCUUUGUUGGUGUUGCUGUAAUUGCAGUGCAAGCAAUUCCUUUGCAAGGUUACUUAUCGAAAAAAACUGCACAAUUACGUGGUCCAAUUGCUCAACGUACUGAUGAAAGAGUGCGUCUUAUGAAUGAAAUUGUUGGCGGAAUUCAAGUGAUCAAAAUGUACGCUUGGGAAAAACCGUUUGAACUUUUAGUACAACAGGCUAGAAAAACCGAAAUUGAUUUAUUAUUAAUUACUUCGUAUGUUCGAGGAUUUUCUGCUGCAUUGAUGGUGUAUACAGAACGAUUAUCUUUAUAUGUUACCGUUGUUGCCUUCGUUUUAUUGGGAAAUGAUUUAACUGGAGAUGUGGUCUUUUCUUUAGCACAAUACUUUAACAUGCUUCAAGCAUGUAUGGCCAUAUUUUUCCCCAUGGCAUUAACCAAUGCUGGAGAAGCUAUAAUUUCGAUAAAACGUAUUCAAGAAUUUUUACUUCAAGAAGAAAAUACAAAUAUAAAAUAUAUUCAAUCGUCUCCAAACGAUUACAGUGAAAAAAUUGAUGGUGUAAACAUGAAAAGCGUUAAGGAAUCUAUUGACGAAAAACUUGGUGGGGUAAAUUUGAGAAAUGUGAAUGCAUCGUGGGUCGAAUCACAAAUUGUUCCAACAUUAAGCAAUAUUACGUUUGAAUUAAAACCAGGGCAAUUAUGUGCUAUUAUUGGUUCUGUCGGUUCUGGUAAAAGUUCCAUUCUUCAGUUACUUUUAAAAGAACUUUCUAUAAAUCGGGGUACACUAGAUAUUCAUGGAAAAGUAUCGUAUUGUUCACAAGAACCAUGGCUGUUCCAAGGUAGUGUGCGUAAUAAUAUUCUGUUUGGAUUGCCAUUCGAUAAGAUUCGAUAUCGAAGUGUGGUUGAUGUUUGUGCAUUAAUUAAAGAUUUUGAACAGUUUCCACACGAUGACAAAACAUUGGUUGGAGAUCAUGGUACAUCGUUAAGUGGAGGACAAAGAGCUCGAGUAAAUUUAGCACGAGCUGUUUAUCGUAAAGCGGAUAUUUAUUUAUUUGAUGAUCCAUUAAGUGCCGUUGAUACUCACGUUGGCAAACAUUUAUUCGAGAAUUGUAUAAAAAAAUAUUUAAAAAAUAAAACUCGAUUUUUAGUAACGCAUCAACUUCAAUAUAUCGAAACUGCCGAUUUGAUCAUCGUGUUAAAUAAUGGUCGCAUUGAGAAAAUGGGAACUUGGAGUGAAAUAUCUAAGGAUUCAUCAAUUUUAGAUGAAAUUAAAAUGCCAAGGGAAGAAAAUGAGAAACAAGCUGAAGAAGUGAAGGAAGAAGAACGUAAGCGAUUACAUUCAACAGUUUCAGUUCAGAGUACAAUUCAUGAGGAGGAAGAUGAACCACAAGAGACUCAAGAAUUGAUGGAAAAAGGUUCAGUAGGUGGUAGUGUACUUUGGAAAUAUUUACGAGCAAGUGGAAGUCUUUGUUUCUUCAUAUAUUUAAUAGUUUUGCUAUUACUCUCGCAAAUUGCAAGUAAUUGUUCUGAUUUAUGGGUUACGGAAUGGACAAAUAAUGAAAAUAUUCGACGGAGCUAUUUUGAAUUAAUUGGUGAAAACACAACAAAAUCAACGCCUUUAAAUGUAACAACUGUGAUAAAUUCUACAAUUGUAGCAAAUGAUACACUUUUAAGUAAAUAUGCAGACUAUGUUAUAAUUCAACAAGAUUACAGCAUCUAUAUUUACAGCAUUUGUAUAGCUUUAAGUGUAUUCUUUUUGACUUACAGUCGUUUAGCUUUGUUUAAGCUAUGCAUGAAUAAUUCUAUUGGUUUGCAUGAUACCAUGUUUAAUAAUAUUUUACAAUCAACGAUGAGAUUCUUCGAUACAAACCCAACAGGUCGUAUUUUAAAUCGUUUUUCAAAGGAUAUGGGAAUAGUUGAUGAAGUUUUACCAAGAUUAUUGCUGUAUUCAGCUCAAGUAUUUUUGGUAAUGGCAGGAAUUAUGGUUAUGGUCGGCAUUGUUAAUCCGAUUAUGAUUGCAGCAAUGCAGAUCAUGGCUGUUUUAUUUUAUGCAGUACGCAAAGUUUAUACGAGCACUGCUCUAGAUUUGCAACGAAUUGAAGGAAUAAGUCGUAGCCCAGUAUUUUCACAUGUAAGUGCUUCUUUGGACGGUAUUACAACUAUAAGAUCUUGUGGCGCACAAAGUCUUUUAGCCAAAGAAUUCGAUAUCCAACAAGAUGUACACACUAGUGCUUGGUAUUUAACAGUCGCUACAGGUACAGCGUUCGGUUUUUGGUUGGAUUGUGUUAGUGUUUCAUUUUUAGCUGCGCUAAUAUUUAGUUUCAUUUUAAUGGAUGAUGGUACGACAUUUGGUGGUAAUGCUGGUUUAGCUAUUUCACAAUCAUUAAUUUUAACUGGCAUGCUUCAGUAUGGUAUGCGACAAACCGCUGAAGUUAUGAAUAACUUAACAAGUGUUGAACGAAUUUUACAAUAUACAAAAUUAGAAAAGGAAGGUCCGUUUGAAUCGGAACCUGGUAAGAAACCAGUUGCUGCUUGGCCAGAAGAUGGAAAACUUGAAUUUAAGCAUACAUAUUUGCGUUAUAACCCAACGGAUGAACCAGUUUUAAAAGAUUUGAACUUUGAAAUUAAUGCUGGUGAUAAAGUUGGAAUCGUGGGUCGAACUGGGGCAGGAAAAUCAUCUUUAGUGCAAGCCAUCUUCCGUUUAGCACCUCUAGAUGGUGAAAUUGAAAUUGAUAAUAUUGCAACUAAAUCAGUAGGAUUAACAGAUCUACGCUCUCGAAUAUCAAUUAUCCCUCAAACUCCAGUAUUAUUUUCGGCAACAUUAAGGAAUAAUUUGGAUCCAUUUAACAAGAGUGAUGAUGCAAGUUUAUGGCAAGCAUUGGAAGAGGUUGAACUUAAAGAUUUAGGAGAAAGUCUGGAUUAUAAAGUAAACGAAGGUGGAUCCAACUUCAGUGCUGGCCAACGACAACUUUUAUGUUUGGCUCGAGCUAUUGUUCGGAAUAAUAAAAUUUUGGUAUUGGAUGAAGCUACAGCAAAUGUUGAUCCUAACACUGAUUCGUUAAUUCAAACUACAAUUCGAAAGAAGUUCGUGGAUUGUACGGUAUUAACAAUUGCUCAUCGAUUAAAUACAAUUAUGGACUCAGACAAGGUGAUUGUUAUGGAAGCAGGACGUAUGGUUGAAUAUGAUCAUCCGCAUAUAUUGUUACAACAGAAUAAUGGAUAUUUCACAAAAAUGGUUGCCGAAACUGGUCGAAGUAUGGAAAUGCAUUUGCGUCAAGCUGCUAAAGAAGCGUAUGAAAGGAAAUUUAAAAGCGAAUAAACUUAUUAUACAACAAAUGCAAACAAAUGCUUCUUAAAUCUCAUUGUUUUGAUUUCAAAACUUAAUUAUUAUAGAAUAAAUAAUUUUUUUUAAGGAGA